AUCAACAUUCUAUAAACCAUAACCAAAUCCUUCCGAUGUAAAACGAAAGCCAUUUUCAGAAUGGCUGAAUCCAGAGCAAUACGGAUUCUUUGAUCUCGUGCUCUGGAUUUCUCCGUUGUAAUCAAUAAUUUCGCUAUGAACAAUAGCUUGAUUCCGUAAAAAUCAAACAAGCUUCUUCAAAACGAUGGAUAAGCACCCUACACCAUUGAAGAAAUCAUCAGAUUCAGGCCCACACAACGACGUGAUCGUCAAAAUUGACGGUCAUGAAAAGGAUAAAGAAGUAACAAAUGAUGGAAAUAUGGAUAAUCAUAGCGCGUUUGAAAACAUUGAUUUGGCUGACAAUAAAAAGUGCUCCAAAGAAUCAUCUUCUUCAGACGACUACGACACCGAUGAAGAUGAACAUCGGUUACAGAAUCAACAACGUCAAGUAACGGAGGAAGCUACGUCGUUUAGUUUGGGAAGAAGCAAAACACAACAAUCCAGAUUAUUGGAUCCGCCUAAAUCCGGGUCCAUGCGAAUGGAAAACGAUGAUGAGGAUGAAUAUUCUCUGUACGAUGAUGACAUUCCUGAUGAUUUGAAGAACAAUAAAGCAGAUGCAAUUACAUUUAUUCAAUGGAUCAGCUUUGUAUUGAUCCUAACAUCAUUGAUUUGCACAGUUAGGUUUCCGAAAUGGAAGCGAAGAUGGUUUCACGGGCUGUUCAUGUGGCAAUGGGAGCUUUUGAUCCUUGUUUUGAUAUGUGGAAGGUUGGUGUCGGGUUGGUGUGUGCGGAUAGCUGUCUUCUUUAUCGAACGGAAUUUUCUUCUGCGCAAACGUCUUCUUUAUUUCGUGUAUGGGAUUCGUACACCGGUACAGAAUUGUAUCUGGUUAUGUUGGGUUUUGAUAGCGUGGAACGCGAUAUUUAACGAAACUGUUGCAGCCCUGCAUAUUCCUCUGCUUGAGGUUAUAAACAAGUUUAUGGUGUGCAUGCUUGUGACCACCUCAUUGUGGCUCAUCAAGACUCUAAUCGUUAAAGUUCUCGCGUCUACGUUUCAUGUGAAUAAAUUCUUCGAUCGGAUUCAGGACGCGUUGUUUAACCAGUAUGUAAUCGAGACCCUAUCCGGGCCUCCUUUGGUGGAGAUUCAUAACAAUCAGCUGAGUAUGUCUGAAAUCGCAGGAGGAAAGGGUGGUGGUGGUGGUGGGAGUGGGAGAUUACACCGGAAUUUGGGAUGUUCCAAGAAGCAUGAAGGGAUAACCAUCGAUCAUUUGCAUCGGUUGAAUCACGACAACAUUUCUGCUUGGAAUAUGAAGAGGUUGAUGAGGAUCAUUCGUCAUGGAUCGCUUACAACGCUGGAUGAACGGUUACAAGGCACCUACUAUGACGAACCGGGCACAGAAAUUCGAAGUGAACUCGAGGCCAAGCGUGCUGCUAGGAGCAUUUUUACGAAUGUAACGAGACGUCGAUCCAGGUACAUUUAUUUGGAUGAUUUGAUGAGGUUCUUGAGAAAAGAUGAAGCUGUAAAGACCAUGUCUUUGUUAGUAGCAUCCUCAGAGGAUGAAAGAGUAGACAGGACAGCCUUGAAUAAUUGGGUGGUUAGCGUUUUCCGAGAACGAAAAUCGCUUGCAUUGACACUAAACGAUACGAAAACCGCAGUCAACAAACUACACAGGAUGGUGAACGUGUUGGUCGCGUUUGUCAUUUUGAUCAUUUGCCUUGUGAUCUUAAACAUCGCGACUACACAAGUUCUAGUUCUUAUCAGCUCUCAAUUGGUUGUGGUGGCAUUUGUAUUCGGAAAUACUUGCAAAACCAUAUUCGAGUCCAUCAUCUUCUUGUUUGUGAUGCACCCUUUUGAUGUUGGGGAUCGUUGUGAGAUUGGUGGAGUUCAGAUGAUUGUGGAGGAAAUGAAUAUUUUGAACACAAUAUUUCUAAGAGCAGACAAUCAAAAAAUAUACUAUCCGAAUAGUACUCUUGCAACAAGAUCCAUCGGUAACUUCUAUCGUAGUCCAGAUAUGAUAGAUACAAUCAAUUUCUUAAUUCAUGUUGGCACUCCCGCAGACAAGAUCUCACUUAUUAAGCAACGUAUACUCAGUUUUGUUGAUAGCAAUAAAGAGCAUUGGUAUCCUAGUCCAAACGUGCUAACAAUGGACAUGUAUGAUUUAAACACACAAAAGUUAUCGGUGUGGGUGAAGCAUAAGAUUAACUAUCAAGAUUUAAAAGAAAGAUUAACGAGGAGGGGCAAGAUUAUUGAGGAGAUGAAUAGAAUCUUCAAAGAAGUAGACCUAGAAUACCGAACAUAUCCACUUGAUAUCAACAUACGAAGCAUGCCUAUGCCUAUGCCUAUCACUCCUACGCGUAUUCCUUCCACAUGGACCUCCUAACAGACUCUGGAAAAUGUCAACCCACGUCAAGUACAUGAUGAUUCUUGAGCUCCAGAAACCCAACUCAGAUCACCACAAGUAGGGAUGAAUUUCUUAUGCAAAUCAUCAUAUCUAGGAUGUGGUUUAAGGUAGAUGUUAUAGUUGUGCUUUUUAGAAGAGUUGUAAAGGAAAAUUUUAAGCCGUUAUUAUAGCUAUAUGAUGUAUCGGGCUA